AUGUCAUUGAUAAUUGUCUUGCUGACAAUCAUAGCUUACUUAAUUGAACUUGAAUAUAGAAAGUGUUCAAAAAUUAUUUCCAGCAAAGCAUCCCUCAUAUAAACUGACUUGAAAUGGGGAUUGCUAUGUGAAAUUAUCAUUAUCCUUCCAACCUCAAAUCCUUUCACUUAAGGUUAUUAUGUUAACUUUGAAUAGAGAGGAACAGCAGAAACUAGAUUUUAUAUGAUGAAUGAAAUUCUAACAUAUAUCAUGUUUUUCAGACUCUAUUUGCUCCUGAAUAUAGGGUUUAAAUUCUAGACAUAUUAUUCAAAUCGGAUUGGGAGAGUGUGUCGUUUGUAUCAGACUCGGUUUGGAACUCAUUUAAUGUUGAAAUUAUGCAUACGCCAAUUCCCCUUCUACACCUUGACUUGGCUCUUUAUUGUUGGCUUCAUCCAAUACACCUAUUAGUUAGAGAUAUCGGAAAGGCCACUCCUCAGAACUUUUGAUUCUUUGGAAAACUAUGGACUCACCAAAAGUCAGUGGGUUACUAUGAUCACAAUAGCGACAGUAGGAUACGGGGAUUUCUUUCCUUACACAGAUUUAGGUCGUAUAGCCAUGACUUUAGGGUUGUUUUAUGGUGUCACAAUUACCUCCUUAUUUACAGCCAUAUUAUAUAAUAUGUUAUAGCCGAACUCAGGAGAGUAUCAGUCUUGGGCUCUGUUGGAUAAGGCUACCAUCACGAAGAACAUAAAAAAGGCAAGUUCGAGUAUAUUUUUUUAUUUGAAUGAGUUGAGGAAAAGAAAAAAAGUCUCAAAAACUGAAGGGGUGAAUAAUAAUUUUGAUGAUACACUAUUUAAUUUGGAAAGAUUCCUAUAAGAUGUUGGGAUGUUGAAGAGAAUGCAUAGGGAUAUUGAUGGAGAAGAAUUCUAAGAAAUGGUGAAACGGAAAUUUGGAGAUGCCAAUGGUAAAUUCAAGGAAAUCAGAUAACAACUCUAUAAAUUCAAUGAAUAGUAAUAUUUGAUUCAGACUCAUCUAUCUAAACUAUAGUAAAACUCGAUUUUGGAAAAGGAAUAAACCUAAAUACAAUAAAUAAAAAUUUCGCCUGUUUCUCCCAAGAUCUUCAGGAACUAAUUAAACACAGAGGAGAAACUUAGCAAAGAUGAAGAAUUUUUCAAUAAUUUAGACGAUUCACACAGAGACUCUUGUUUGAUGAGUUUCCACGAUUGA